GAACAAAAUAACAUAAGAGGAUCUUUUAGGUUUUUCAAUAGAACCUCUCUCUUUUUGUUUGUUUUGUUUUGUGUUGGUUGAUUAAAAUUUUCAUUUUAAAAACAUUUGUCUAAUAAGAGGAGAAAUAAUGUCAUGACAAUGUUUGUUGCUUUUAUUUAUGAGUCAAACGAUGUUUUUGAUUUUUUUAAGAAGAUAUUUUGUUUUCAUUUUUCUUUUUAUCAUCGAGAUUUUAGGGUUUGUAGCUUUCUCUUACUUUAAAAAUCUUCUUUCUAAAUAUCUUUCGUUUUUUUUUUAAUUACUAUUUGAAUUUUUAAUUUGAUUUUCUUCAAUAAAAGCGCAAAUUACGCCACUGAGGCAAAGAAAAAUAUAAUGAGAUAAGUCUUGUGAAGAUUUCACUAAGGGUAGCAAAAACUUAUUCAUUACAUGCAUAUAGACUUGAACAUCAAAUGAGUUUGAGGACUUUAACUCCAAACGCAAUCUCUAAAAAUGUACCAAUGGUUAUCCCAAAUAUUUCAACAACAAUUUCAGGGACUAUCUACGACCUCCAUCCUUAUUAUGUAUACAUUCUUUUUUUUUUACAACAAACAUUUACAGAUUCAUGUUGACUCUGUAAACCAAAUCGGUAACUCUGCAUCCAUGUGAACGACGAAAGAUGUUAAUUUCCUACCACUGUGUGCUAAGCUAUGCGCCCGUAGGUUCUCCGUCCGGAGUACAUGAACGAUAUCUGAUUUGAGAAAACAUCCUUUUAAAAGCUUGAUGUCUUCCAAAUAGCUUUCAAAUGCUGGUCAUUCUUCUGGUUCCGAAACCAUCUUCACUAACUGAGAACAAUCCGUUGCAAACGUUACCUAAAACUGUCUUAAAUUCUUCAUACAUUUCAUUGCCCAAAUUAAUGUCUCUACCUCCGAAAUGAAAGGGUGAGAGACAUGCCCUUACAUUCUUUACCUUUAAUGAACCAUCAAAACCCGGUAAAUUGCUAUACCAGCCUUGCCCUGAAAAUAAAUCUUUAUCUUUUCACGAUCUAUCUAUGAAGCACCAUCGUCCUGGUGUUGCUAAUAUGAGACUGGUCUGUAUCUGAUACCCCUUUGUUGGGUCAUUUACUAUAUGUGCCUCAGCCCAAAGUAUUGACUCCAAUUCUGCUAUUUUAAGUAUUUCCCUUUGAUCAAUAUCAAGAUUGCUAAAAACUUUGUUAUUCCGGCCUUUCCAUAUAUACCAUAAUAUCUAUGUAAAUUGGUGGUCAUCCAUCUUUAGAUUGACUCUCCAAAAAAGAUGAUUCAUAUUAGCGAAAAAAUAAUUGAUAUAAAAAUAUUAGGAUGCGAUGGUAUCUUAGAUAAUGUCCACACUUGACGUGAUGGAGGAUAUUUAUUAUGUAUACAUUCUUAUCUAUUAUAUUAGUAAACUAUUUGAAAUUUACCUCGACAUGUUUUAAAUUUAAACCUAUUAAAAAUAUUGUGACUUAAUAUAAUUAAAUCAUUUAAGUUGAAGACCAACCUAAUAUACUUCAAUCUAAUUAUGAUAAUAUUUGAAAACUAAAAAUUUACCGCCUACACUAUCAUCUUAAAUAUCUCCUACUAAUUAUAUAUAUUUAAAUUUUGCCUACACAUAGAAAUUUUUUAAUACAAAGGUUUGUUAUACUAUAGAAGCCAAUAUUUGACAAAUGUGGAAUCCUAUACUAUAUUCUUAUCUAUUUACUAUUCCAUAAUUUUUAAGAUGUCAUAUAUAUAUAGUAGUAUCUAAUCAUAAACCCCAUAUAUUAUUUGACCCUCCUAUCCUCCCUAACUAAUAUUAUCUAACCUUCCUAUUUCUAAAGUUCCAAACGUGACAUACCAAUGGAAUCUUAUAAUAUAAUUGCUAUACUAUAGUAAAAUAACUAAAUACAGUAUAACCAAUAAAUAUAUGUUACAUACGCAAAACCAUGAUUAAUAACAUAACUAUAUAUCGUCUUUAGAUAUUUCCCAAUAUAUUCUCUACAUAUUUCAAUUUUAUAUCAGGCAAAAUUAUAUCUCAAUUUUCAAUUUUUCAAUUUAGAAAUGAAUAAAAAAUCUUGAUUCAGAAUGGAAUUUGUUUUUUGCGCAUAUCAUUGUAAAUUUAAAUAUGAAUAAAUAAUUGAUUAUUGUUAUAGUAUAUUAUAAAAUAUAUUUUUGAAAAGCUUUUACGAGUGUUGUCAAAAAAAAAACUUUUACGAGUAAAUUAAUGAUAUUUAUUUAAACAGAAAAAUAAUAAAUGAUAUUUAUAUAGUUCAAAACAAUUUUAGUUUAGCGAUUUCAGGAAUUUUCUUAUUUUAUUCAUUUCCUGUUUUUGCUCUUUAUAUAUAUCUAUAUAUUAAUUACAUCCCAUCUUUCCGGAAACUGUUUAAGAAAUUUUGUUCACAACUUAUUCAGUUAAUUAAGGGAACUAAUCAUUAUGACUUCAGAAUAUUUGUGCAGCCAAUAUUAUAUGAAAAUAAUAACUAUAUUUAAUAUAUUAAAAACCCAUUUAAAUUUCUUAUAAAUCAAUAGCAACAUUCUAAAUUCAUUUAAAUUCCUUAUAAUUAAUUUCAAUACCUACCAAUAUAUAGUAAAAACUCUAUAAUUUAAUAACAUUGGGCCUGCAAUAUUUUAUUAAUUUAUAAAGUUAUGAACUACAAGAAAAUAUAUCCUUUUCAGAUUCCUCUAUUUUGGAAAUAUUUUUUUUAUAAAAUAAGAAAAUAGUUAAUUCUAAACUUUAGAAAUUUGACUUUCAUGGUUUUAUUAUAUUAUUUGGUUUAGAUGAAAAAUGUGUCAUAGCAUUUAAAUGUGAUGUUAGAUAUAAUUUGAUUAAAUACUAUCAAAAUAUAUGCAUGUGUUAAAAAUAGAAAUGAACUCAAUUAUGAAUAGCAAACUAAUAAUAAAAAAUAAACAUAUAUAAUUUGUAUUUAUUUAUAUUAUUAAUUUGGGAUUUUAAUUGGACCAUAUAUUUAUAUAUCCCAAAUAUUUUGUUUUCAUAUUUUUAGGAACUGAUUUCUUAUCCGUAGAAUACAACUAAUUUGUAGAAAUCAGUUUCUACAGGUUUUUAGAAUUAUAGUAAUGUGUAGAUUUUGAUUUCUACAUGUUUUAGAUUUACAGUAAAUCUGUAGAAGUCGAUUUCUACGUGUUUUAGAUUUAUAUUAAUGUGUAGAUUUUGAUUUCUAAACAUAUUAGAUUAGUAGGUUAAGCGCGGAAUGUGUAUUCUAAAUAUUUUUAGAAUACUCUUAUUACGUAGAUCACGUAUUCUAAACAUUGUAGAUUCAAUAAAAAAAGUGGAUUUCGUUUUCUACUUCGUAGAAUAAUAUUUCUACUUUAUUUAGAACAAAAUCUGAAAAUUAUGAUUUAAACAUUUUUAGAACUGAAAAAAUACCACUAAGUUCAUAUAGGUAUUUUAUCAGUAGUUAAUAUUUUUCCAAUUUGUUUUGUUUGUAAAACUAUUUAUUAAAAUUAUUUUCAAAUGUAUUGAAGGGUAUUAUAGACAAAAAUAGUACAAAAUAGAUAUUAGUCUAAAAGAACAUAGUUUUCAUUUUUUUGCUCUAAAAGUUUUUUUCCCAAGUUUAUUAUCUUAUUAUUUUAUCGAUUUGUUUUUUAUUUUGAAUCAGCCCGACUCGGGACCGAUAAAAUUAAUGAAUUUUCCGUCUUUACUAAUUUACCAAAUAUUAAUUUAUAGAGUUUUCUAAUGUAUAGUAAUCUAUUACCCAAAAAAGAUGCCUGAUCCCUAUUUAGACUAAAAAUAUUUACUAUUUCAAAAUGAUAUUGGUAUAUUCUGAUCAUAACUAUUAAAAUAUACAAUUUACAUAUAACUUGAAAUAUACCGAUUUCCUUAACAUAUUUAAAAUAUAAAUACAUUCAUUAACAAAUUAUAAAAAUGAGGAAAGGUAACCAAAAAUAUAGCUAUGUAAAUGAGAAUCAAGAACGAAAAAUAUAAUAAAUAUAUUCAGAAACACACGCUCAAAUUCAACUCAAAUUUUUUUCGGGUUUCUAUCAUUGUUAUUUGAACCAAGCCAAAAACUAAAAUAACAAGACCCAAACCAAACGGAAAUUCAUAAAUAACUUAACUAUUACUGUAUUUCUUGAACCGAAAAAACCAUAAACGUAUCAAAACUAAAGGGAAAAUAAAAAAUUACAAAUAAAAAUAAAACCAAAGUUAAUGAACUGUCAUCGAAUCAUGUAAAAUAAAAUUUAAAAUAGAAAUUAUAAAUAGAAAUAAAAAUAAAAUAACCCCGCGCAAUCACACGGAUCAGAAUCUAAAACUUGGAUGCACAAGUUUUUUUUUAAUUUUGUAUAAAUAAUUAUUUAUUGUCUUAAUAAUAAGAUAUAUUUUAAAAUUUUACCUGCAUUAAAUAAUUAUUUAAUAUGGUAUUUAUAAAAAUAAAAAUUUUAUAGUUUAUAUUUAGUAAUUGAUUUUGUCAUGUAAACUAUCAAUUGUAAGAAAAACAAAAAUUGCACACCCAAAAAAUCGCGAUAUGUUCAAUUCAUACCUUGCUUAUAUGACUGUGCAAGAACAUAACUCUACGGUCGAAAAAUUCAAAUAACAUAUAUAUUGUUUACUUUUUUUAGCAAAACAUACAUAGUCGUCACUGCCCUGCCACAUCAUCUAUUUUGGUGACAUGAAUUUUAUAUCAGCUAUUUUUACUGGCGAGGAUGCCACAUGUAUAAAAUAUGUUCUUUUUAAAACAAAAUAAUUGUUUUAUAAAAAUAACUUUUAGAAAAUGUAAAAUUUUAUAAGUUUUUAUUAUUUUGUAAAUUAGAAAAAUUAAUUAAUUAAUAAAAAAUUUAAUCUUAUAUAAGAGAUAUAUUUUAAAAGUUUUCGAUCCUAUCAUAAUACCAUCCUCAUAAGAGUUAUAUUUGUAUUGUAAUGAUUCAAAUUCAAUUCUAGUGUUGCAGGCGCGUUAUCCUCGAUUAAUUAUUGUUAUGUUGUUUACAUUUAAAGAAUUUAGAGUAACAUAUCAUAAAUUUUUAAUCUCUUAAAAUAAAUUUAUUCGUAUGAAUACAAAACCAAUCGAAAAGUUCUUUACACACACAUAACCAAGAUUAACAUAAAAGUAAUUGAUAAGAUCAAAAAAUUAUAAGUUUUGUUAAUUUUACUAAAUACUAAAAAUUUUAAGAACUUAUAUUUUCAAUAAAGGUUUUUUUUAUAAAACAAAAUUUUGAUUUUUUUUAAUAAUAUUUUUAAUUUAUUUUAUAGUAAAUAAUUAUAAACGUUUACAAAAAAUGAUAUUUUAUAAAACAAAAAAAAAUAAACGGAGGGAGUAUGUUUUAUAAUAUUUUUUCUAUAAAUGUAUUAGUGUUUCAUUGUUUACACUCAUUGAUGAGUGUGAAGGUAUACUCAGGUGAAUGCAUUAGCUCCAUAAAAGAAAUGUUAUAAUUUGUAUGUUAAAACAUGUAUUAAUUUUGCCUCAUGGUUGUAUUUUAGGUUGAGAAAAUCAGAUUUCCGUGCGCCAGUGAACAUAGGAAGCCAUGAGAUGGUAAGCAUGAAUGAGAUGGUUGAGAUGAUUCUCAGCUUUGCGUAAAAAAAGCUACCAAUUAACCACAUUUAUAAGUAUUGCAACAGAGGAGCUAUGAAGAAAAUUAAUACAACUAGGUUUCUUUUCAAAACCAUUUAUAAAUACUGAGUGCCACAAUAAAUAAAAUCAAAAUAUUUUAUUUCAUGUGAAGUACCUUUUGUUUCUGGAUAUUUUUUCUCCAGUUUAGUUGUGUAAGUUGUCUGUAUUAAUUAAUAAUUUUUUAUUAUCCUUAUUAUGUUUGUUAUAUGUUUUUAUUUUAUUUUUAAACUUCUUGUCCUUACCGGACUCUUAAAACAAAUACAUGAAGACUUGUAGAAAUAACUAUAAAAUGAGUGAAAAUUUUGAGUAUUUGGGCUUUAAUGAGUUUUAAACGAAUUUAUGUAUUUCUCAUAAGAAGACAAUAGCAUUGGUCUGUUAACAUUGGGCAUGUAAACUAUUUUUAUAAGACAAGAAGAGUUCCCAUAAACUCACUGUCUUUCUUGAAGUUCAGGGAAUCCCAUAAGAGAGGAGGUUAGGGGCUAUGUUCUGACCACUACGACCAGUACGGAGAUACUCGAAGGUUGAGUGACGGAUGCUGGAAACGCCUGUUUGAGAAACUGGAGAGGCAGAGAGACAUUUUCUAGAAGAUCGUUAAAGCUAAGAGGAAUCAAUGAGUUUUGUGGAGAUGUAGAUUGGUUCAUAAAAAAUGAAAAUCAUAUAUAUAGGGUUUACAGAAAGGCUACAAAUCAAAAACUUUUAAGAUCAAGCGAUUUAAGAUGGGGAGAUGAAGAGUUCACCGGUGAAAAAAUAGAUUAGGAACAGACACACAGCGCAACUCUGUAACUCAGACUUGUCUAAGACAAUGAUGAAAAGAACCCUAACUCAUGUUAAACGAAGACAAUUUCCAAUAUGGAUAACUAUAAUUGUUGUUUUUUCAUAUAACGUGAUGAACCUCAUUUAAUUCUUAAUUCUUAAUUCAUUUUUAAAUGAGGUUCAUCACGUUAUAUGAAAAAACAACAAUUAUAGUUUUUCCAUAUUGGAUAACAACAAUAACCCGGGUUCGAGCCACAUGCUUGACAUACUUUUCACACUUUUUAAAAGUGGGACCCACCAAAAUGCUGACGUGUCGCCUCAGGAAAGAGGGAACGGUCUCAUUAUGUUAUAGAUUUGGGGAUUUUUCCCCCUUUUACUUUUUCUUUCUAUUUAGAUUUUGUUUUAAUUAGAUUUUGAUUUAAUUUGUUUUUUUUUUCUUUCUUUUUUGUCAAAAUUCGUUUUAGUUUUUAACUUAUAUUUAAAAGUUAGUUUUUAAUGUUUUUUAAUUAGAUUGGAUAUUUUAGCAUAUAUUAUAAUAAAAGGACUAAUUUAGGUUGAUUUUAUACUAAGGGGACAAAAAGUGUGUUUUUAUUCAAUAUUGGAAAAGUUUCCAAUAAUAUAUAGGAGAUUUUAUCAUAGAUGUCAAUUGUUCAUGGAACACUCUUGCUUACAUAUAUUUCCAAUUGAGAUAACAACAUUUGUUUUUAUUCCAACUUUCUUUAUUUUGAUGACCCCUAAAUUAAGAAUUAAGUGAAACAAAAGUUUAUGACAUGAGUCAUUCAGCACUGAACAUAAUAUUUUGGUUGACUUAACAUUAUUUAGUUUGGUAACAUAUUCUGUAAGGAAAAGAAAAUGGAAACUUUUUAAUCGAUUUAUAUACUUUACAUACACGAUUUAAUUUUCAUUUUGAAUGGUAAUAUUAAAUAUGUUUCUUUUUGCAUGCAAUAUCAUAUGUUUGACUUAUGAUCAGAACCAUAGAUUUUGAGAUGUAUAGAUAUAAGUGCUCAAACUGAAGAGGGCUGAGCACAUACACAUACUUGCGUUAGUGCUUAGGAGUUGGUAAGAAUAUGUUUUCUUUCUCAAGAAAUCUGUUCACUGUUUCUUAAUUUUUGCUUCUCGACAUGCUUUUUAUCACGAAAUGACGUCAACAUUUUAAAUUCAACAUUGUUAAUUAAUACGUACAUUUUUUUUCUGAACUUGCAGGUGCUUCGAAAGUUUUGAGGAAAAGAAGGCGUAUAAAGGUAAACAUAUAUUUACUGUAUUCAAAUCAUUUAUGUAUAUAUAAUUAUUAUAUAUUCUUAUUGCAAGCAGCCAUUUCAGUUUUAAAAUGACAAAGAAAUGAUUAGUAUUGGAUCAAUUAGUGAGUAUUAGUAUUAUCAGUUAUCACACAAGGUCGAAAAAGUUGUUGGUGGAUUUGAAUCUAUGAAAUUUUAUAGAGGUGAAAUUCAUCCAGAUACCAAAUCUAAUCCAUGUUACCAUUCUCUGAGAUCUGUACCAUCUAGAUAUCAUCUACAGAUUUAGAUUAAUAGUUUAAUAUAUAUAUAUAUAUAUAUGAACUCGUGGUCCCUCUGAUUCAUCUAUGUACGACUUUAUAUGAUAGGCUUAGGAAUCGAUGUGUUUCAUGAUUGAAAAUGAAAGAAGUUUCGCAAUGACAGUUUUUUUUUAUGGAUCUUGCCUUCUUAUGUCAUUGCACAGUUGAUGAACAUUUAUUCUUCCCUUUUGAUCAAGGGUGUGCAGACAAUGAUCUUGAGUCAGAUAUAAUUGGAUUAAAACUGAAAUAAAUGCUAGAUUGUUAUGCUUUUAAUACCAAGAAUGCUUGUUAAAAUGUUUCAAAGUUAGGGAUAUUAUUUUCAGGUGAGAGCUCAUAGAGUCUUUAACUAGUUUUCAAGCUGUGAAACAUAUCUACAGUGAUAUUCUGUAAUAGACAAUAGACAAUAGCUCCUGGUUAUGUUUUGUAUUGUUUCAUAUAUGGUUUAUUAAUGGAAUAUUAUUUUAUUGAAGCAUGGCAAAAACCAACAGUGGUGAGCUUAAGAGUACCAAUGACAGUGAGCUUCCUUGGAUGGCGAAAGGUAGGAAAAGUUCAACAAGGCGUGACGAGAAAGCAAUUGUACGAGUUGCAGACUCAGAUGUUGAGAACAAAGACAAGAGUUCAUCAGGCACAAUGGCAAAUGAGUCAGAGCCUGGAAAGCUUCUAGGUAAGCAUGUGGCAGAAAGAGUAAGGCGUGUUCCAAUGAAGAAGCGGGGAAUGAUGGUUGCCUCCCCGUCACCAAGAAAGUCAUGUGGUCGACGUGGAAUCUCAGAACAUAGGCCGGAGAUCAACCAUGUUUGGAAGUUAAACCCAAAGAAUGAUAGCAGUGGUCCUGAUUUUUCUGGUAUUGCGUUACUUGCGGAUGCUGUGUGUAAUUUGAGAAAUGAUCUUGCACCAGCUGUUGACCGUCUGCUUUCUGAAGAACCUGUUGUUCAGCAGCAAGAUGGCUCGACCAUAUUGCCCCAUGCGGUUGGUUCCACAUAUCAGGUGGGGCGAGGCAAAAAGGACAAUGUAGCUCCUGAAAAAUCUUCGCUUGAUUUGGCUGAGAAGGGCAUAGCGAGCGUAGGAGGGAUGAUAAUAGCUACUAAGGGAGCAAGUGAAAGUGAAAAUUUUGCACCUGAUAGUGGAGUUGUCAUAAAGCCAGAUAAAUCAUCGGUCAGUGAACCCACUGAGAAAAAGAAUUUAAGGUUACACUGGGACUUAAAUGUUUCUAUGGAUGCUUGGGGUCCACCUUGUGAUGUAGAAAAUGAUGCCUCUGAAAAAGAUGUGAAGGGAGCAAUCACAAAUCCAAUGCCUCCUAGAGUGAGCCAACCUAUUGAUGGGUUUGUUGUAUCAGCUGGGCAAGAAAAGUUUUCAUCAGCAUGUGGUCCUAAGGCUGAAGCAGCUGCUAGAAAUGGAAAUAAGUUCAAAUCUGGUUAUAAUUCCCCGCUUGAGGAUGGAGAAUUAAGGGAGCCAUACCGUAGGGGGGAAAAUAAGGUUGAAGAUGAAGGAUUCUACUCUAUGGCUGAAAAUAAUGACAACAAGAUGAAUGAUUCUGGUAAGGGAAUCUUGGCAGAGACUAAGCUGGGUCCAUUAGAGCGUAAAUCUUAUGAUGAAUUGAGAAUUGGAGAGGCUCAUAACAGAAGGGACGUAGAGAAGAAUGAUGUGGCUCGCAUGAAUGAUUUGCAUCUUAAGAAGCGGUCUUUUUCUUCUUCAAGGAGGUUUGUGUUGAGACCAUCUAAGGAGUUGCCUUCGCAUGAUGCCAUCCCAAGGACAAGGCAAGUUUUUUCUUUUCAUGCCUCAUCUUUAGGUAAUAAUGGUCCUUUUUGUUUCAGAUCUGAUGAUAAUGAAGAGUUGAGCAUGGCUCCAUAUAAGUGUUUUGGGAGAUAUGACAGGAGUUCUGGUAGAGGAUACUUUAGUGGUUCGGGUUCCAGACCUCCCUAUGUUCUCGAGCCUCGACACCCUGAAAAUCUAGGUAUGAUGGGCGGCUUUGAUCAAUCAGGAUCAGGGUCCGGACAAGGAUCACAACCCGAUGGUUAUGUACGUAAACGUUUCUCAAAUGGGGGAUACCGCGGUGGUCGGUUCAGAAGGUCUUCAAAUGUAGGGGAUCGUUUAUUGAGAGGCAGGCACGGUGAUAAUAACCAGUUUUAUGGUCGGAUCCACAACUGGAUGAGUGGUAAUAGGAGAGGAAGAGGUAACUCUCCUGUCUUUAGGAGAUCUAGAAGUCGUUCUCCAGUCCCGUGGAAUGGUGGAGAUAGAUUAUCUCAUCCUCAUGAUGGGUUUAGAGCCGAGGAGAGGAUGAUGGAGAGCGUGAGGUUUCCUUUCCAGGAACGGUUUCUUGAAGAUCAAGAAAUAGGUUUCAUGUCACCUCCAAGAAAUAGAAUGCCGCUGCUGGGAUUCGAUGAAAGGAGGAGCCAUGAUUCUGGAACGAAUCAUAAUAGCUUCAGGGGAAGGAGAUUUGGGCUAGGCCAAAGACAUGAUGCUAGAAGAUCUUUGAGAAGACUGAAUUCUGGUAACAGCAACAAUUUUAUACCUUCCAGACGCCAAAGAAGAUUUGAUGAUGUGGAAGAUAACACUGGCGGAAACAAGUUUGAGAUGAGGCAGCAGCAAACUAGGCGGGCUGACGUCACGGAAGAUGGCGGUGAUGAUGUCGCCGGUUCAGGUUUCGCAAAAGAGAGUCGUGGGUGUAACCAAAAACAACAACGGCAACGAGAACAAAGAGGGUAAUGAAAACAAAAUAACAUAAGAGGAUCUUUUAGGUUUUUCAAUAGAACCUCUCUCUUUUUGUUUGUUUUUUUUGUUGGUUGAUUAAAAUUUUCAUUUUAAAAACAUUUGUCUAAUAAGAGGAGAAAUAAUGUCAUGACAAUGUUUGUUGCUUUUAUUUAUGAGUAAAACGAUGUUUUUGGUUUUUUUUUUUGAAGAUAUUUUGUUUUCAUUUUUCUUUUUAUCAUCGAGAUUUUAGGGUUUGUAGCUUUCUCUUCCUUUAAAAAUCUUCUUUCUAAAUAUCUUUCUUUCUUUUUUUAAUUACUAUUUGAAUCUUUAAUUUGAUUUUCUUCAAUAAAAGCGCAAAUUACGCCACUGAGGGCAAAGAAAAAUAUAAUGAGAUAAGUCUUGUGAAGAUUCCACUAAGGAUAUCAAAAACUUAUUCGUUACAUGCAUAUGACUUGAACAUCAAAUGAGUUUGAGGACUUUAACUCCUAAUGAAAUCCGAAAAAUGUACCAAUAGCACCAAAUAUUUUAACAACAAUUCCAGGGACUAUCUACAAUCUCCAUCCUUAUUAUGUAUACAUUCUAGUCUAUUAAAUUUGUAUCUUAUUUGAAAUUUACCUUGGCAUGUUUUAAAUUUAAACCUAUUAAAAUUUUUGUGACUUAAAAUAAUUAAAUCAUUUAAGUUGUAGACCAACCUAAAAACACUCAAUCUAAUUAUGAUAAUAUUUGAAAACUAAAAAUUCACCGCGUACACUAUCAUCUUAAAGAUCUCUUACUAAUUAUUUGUAUUUAAAUUUCGGCUACACAUAGAAAUUUUUUAAUACAAAGGUUUGUUAUACUAUAGAAGCCAAUAUUUGACAAAUGUGGAACCCUAUACUAUAUGUCAUCACCACAAUCAUUCUUAGAAUCCUUAGAAAAACAUAUUAGUCCAUAUAAAUAUAUAAUAAGCUUUUUAUUAAACUAACCAUAAAUUAAUCAUAAAUGUUCUUCAUUGUUUUCUUAAAUAAAAAUCAUGGAAUUACCUAAUGUAGCUAAAGUAUAUAUAUGACAAUUAAUGAUUUUGAAUAAUAAAGAUUUGAUAAAAAUUAGUAUAUUCUCUAUCAUUUUUUUUUAAUUUUAACUGAUUAAAAUAAAUUAAAAAUCCGCAUUAACUAUAUAAUAAAAAUUUAGAUUUUUUCGUAUAUUUUUUAUUUUGAAUUUUUAAAAACGAAUAUAAAAGACUUAAGUUGCUAAAAUCUCACAUAGAAAUUUUUGUGAUCCAUGGUUUCAAAUUUAUGUUAUAACAAGAUUACGAAAUUACAUAAGUUGGAAGUCUCAUUUAAUAAAUAUUAUAUAUAUAUAUAUAUAUAUAAAUUAAUAGUUUUUAAAAAUAAACUAUAUACCAUAUAAGAUACAUAAGUAUUUUAAUUUCGAAUUUGCUUUGAAUU